GAAAGAGGAAGGACUGGACAGACAAAGAACGAGAGCAAACGAAAAAAGAAAAAACACAGAGGACAGUAAAACAGCAGAGUUAUAAAAGUGUUGAGUCCUGAGGUCAAAGGUCAACUUCAUAUUAGUCACAUGACUAAAACCAGGAAAAGGAGAAGUGGGAUCACUCCACAGCCUGCUUUAUCUUUACAGCACAGCAGAAACAAAGCUUUCUGGACAGUAAUGAACCAACUUAUUGAAAGAUGAUUCGAAACUUGCUGGAACAUGAGGUCUCCCCGGAUGAGGAUUGUCACCAAAGAGUGUCUUUAAUCUUGCAUCUUUCACUCAUACCAGCAGUGUUGAUUGCAGGGGUGCUGUCAUUCCUUCAGAAACGAGCCCAGAGGCUGGCCAUCGACGACAGACUGCCAUUCCUAGAUCGACGUUUUGCUAUAGUUGUCCCUUUGGAUACUGUAGGCAGCCUCAGCAAUCGUUGGUCUUAUGGCUUUGCUUUUGGGGCCGUAUCAAGCAGCGUCUUGCUCCUGUUCUCUGAAAACUACGUCCCGUUCACUGUUCCAUCCUGGGCCAGAGCUUUUGUGUACCUGAUUGGAGCUUUAGAAGUGGGCUUGGUGUAUUUGCCUUUCUUUGCCUGUCUGUCCACACCAUUCAGAAUGACAGGGGCAGUGCUGGGAAUACUCUACUCUCUAUUUUGGAUAGGAAUUACAGCCUGGGAAACAGUCACUUGUCCCAGUGGUAAGAUACUGGGUAAAUACCAGAAGGUGAUUUCCCAGUGGCCCCGUAUGCUCUCCCUCAUCUUCCUCUUCGGGCGAUUUAUUUACAUCCUGGUCAAAGCUAUUCGAAUACGCCUGCACAUGGAACAAGAGGACUCUGCAGAGCUAACUGAGCGACACCAGGUUCAGCAUGUUAAGAGACUGCUGCGAAAGACACCCGGACAUAGUAUGCCACUUACCUGGUUCCAAAGGAGAGUUUAUGAGUGGGACCCCUACUUCAAGUUUCCCAGCAGAAUCAUUGGCACUGUUGUAAUAUCCCUAAUAGGCCUAUAUACGAUGACACUAGCAGACUACAGUGUCAGUAGUUCUACUUUUGACAAAAUUGAAACUUGGAAAAAUACACUGAAAGAUGUGGUUACUGCAUGUAACGAGACAGAAUCCCUGGGAUACAUGGUACCACAGCUGGAAGAAUUUAUCGUCGUGGCCAGGAAAUCCUGGCUAGCCACCACCAUCUUUGCCAGUCUUAACUCUGUUGCCUACACCUUCCAUGUUUUGGCAUGUUACAGGAAACACUUAAGGAGGCUCUGGAAAGGACAGAAAGUCUUUCUUCCUGAGAAGUUUCAUAAGCCUAGAUCUGCUACGAGUGUGGCUUCCAUUGCAAGAUACUCGGGCUGGCAAAUCGCUUUCACACUGUGGGGCUACCUGAUUGUCCAUUUUGUCUACUUCCUGUUUGCUUUGCUGAUUGCUUACGUGGUGGUUCUUCCUAUAAUGAAUGGGAAAGUGCUUAGCAUGCUCUCCACACUGGGAACUAUAUUUCUGACCAUCUGCAUUGUAAUUAGCCUGGUGAUUCUUCAAAUAAUUUUGGUUCAGAUCUUCUUCCUUCAGAACAAAAUAGAUGCCACAGACAAAGAGAAACCUCUAGCCCUCAACAACAGGAAGGCAUUUCACUGCUUCAACUACUUCUUCUUUUUCUACAACGUGGUUAUGGGGAUGAGCACCUGCAUACUGAGGCUUCUUUUAAGCAUUGUGGUGGGAACAUGGUUGGUGUCUCGCAUAGACCGAACUAUUAUGCAGAGGGGGUAUGAGAACAUGGAUGCUGGCUACACUACAUGGAUUGGGAUGAUCUUUGCUGACCAUUAUCACAACAACCCAGUCCUGGUAUCUUUCUGUCAGAUGCUGGUGUCAAGUACGCUGCAGAGACACAAUUCAUCUGCUUACUCCACAUUCGACAAUAAUGUGUCAGAACCCCCUGUGAACAGUCGGGCCAGGAGGCGUUGGGCUUUGCUUUACACAUUACUAAGGAACCCUCCCCUGAUCAUGCUAAGAAAGCACCACCUCUCCUCAUCAUCUCCCCCAGCAGACACAGUGCUGCAGGCUUGGAUUUUGGCAUCUCAAACACAGAGGCAACAGGCAUUGUCAAAGCUGCCACCAGAGAUCAAAUUGUCACCAGAAGAAGACUGUUAAUAACACAUUUGAUUCCGGUUCUUUAAAAAAAUAUAAGCUGGAAUCCAAUGAAUGACGAAGACCUUUAAUGGAGACUUGCUAUAAAGCAGAAGGAAGUUUUUCAGCACUGCCAUCUGACUAACCUAAUCUCACUACCUGUUAUGUCACCAGCUGAGAGUGCCAUAAAUAAGUUUAAAACAACUUCACUAAUUUGCUAGUUAGUGAAUGUACUUCUUUUUAAUUGAAUUCUGUGGCCUAGGGUCUGUGGGUUUUAUGUGUGUAUUGUUUUUCACAAAUACAUAGUUUUUACUCAGACUUGGCAUAAGAAUUCAAAUAUGAGUUCAUGCCAUCUCUUUCCCUGACUCAGAAUGAAAGCAUCUGCUGUGAAGGCAAAUGAAAAAAAUAUAAAUGUAUAAAUGCAAGGAUAAACAAACCUUUGUAUAUUGUCACAACCUCUAUAACAUCUCGAGUUGGAGCUGGCCAUACAGUUACUUGACCUACACUACACAGCUAUUGUGCUUGUUAUUUUUAUUUUGUCUUGGCAGCAUAAAAUCUAACUGCUAAUAAACACUACUUUUUCCUUAAAUGUCUGGUUGUGUUUAAUA